AGCCCAAGAUGAAGGUCGAGUUUGCUCCGCGUUCGUUGCCACUGCAGAGAAGACUUCAGACAGCAUCAGUGGUUCAAUGGAUCUUCAGCUUCCUGUGUCUAGCACAGUGCUGUACAGCUGCCUUCAUCGCCCUGUUCUUCACCCGUUUUUGGCUGGUCAGUGCCCUCUAUGCUGCAUGGUGGUUCAUAGACAGGGAAAAGCCCAGGAAGGGCGGGCGGCGGAUCCACAUCCUCCGAAACUGCGUCGUCUGGAGGUACAUGAGGGACUAUUUCCCCAUUACGUUGAUGAAGACAGCGGAACUGGACCCUAGACAGAACUACCUGGUAGGAUUUCAUCCCCACGGAGUCCUGGCAGCUGGAGCCUUUCUCAAUUUCUGCACAGAGGCAUCAGACUUUUCCAAGCUSUUCCCAGGCAUCACCCCACACCUGAUGAUGCUUUCCCUGUGGUUUCGCAUUCCGUUCUUCAGGGACUAUGCGAUGAGUGGAGGCCUCAUCUCCUCUGACAAGGAGAGUGCAUCCUACGUGCUGCAGAAGCCGGAGGGUGGGAAUUUGCUGGCCAUCAUUGUCGGCGGGGCUCAGGAGGCACUGGAUGCCCGGCCRGGAUCCUUCACCUUGCUGCUGAAGAACAGGAAGGGAUUUGUGCGCUUGGCCAUCCAGAAYGGCACCCCUCUGGUCCCUGCCUUUUCCUUUGGGGAGAAUGAUGUCUUUGAUCAGGUGAGGAACCCCAAGGGCUCCUGGCUGCGGUGGAUUCAGCACCGGCUCCAGCACGUCAUGGGCAUCUCCCUUCCCCUCUUCCAUGCACGAGGGAUUUUCCAGUACAGCUUUGGRCUGAUACCCUACAGACGGCCCAUCUGCACCGUAGUUGGGAAGCCAAUUCCAGUGCAGAAGAAGAGCAAACCAUCUGAGGAAGAAGUUGAUCAAGUCCAUCAAAAAUACCUAAAUGAGUUGUCCAAGCUCUUUGAGCAGCACAAAGCUAAAUUCAAUGUCCCAGAAGACAGCCACCUGGAAUUUAUAUAGAGUGCCUCAAGCAAGGUGAAACCAUGGAGAURAAGAUCCCAGUUUCCCCAUUCUCUGGAACUGCUUCACAACCUCAACAUAGUCACAGUUAACAUAUACUCCAUAUAGUCCAUAUAGGUAGGGAAAAGAGCUUGAUUUUCCCAGUAUUCACAUGGAUAUAAGUGCCAGAUWUUGAUUUUUUUACUUUUUCUCCAUGGACUCCUCCUGUUCUGUCUCCUCCAGGACACAUA